AAGUAGAGAUGAUGAAGUUGUGUCCAACUUCAUCAUCUGUUAGUUAACCUCCUGUAUGUAGCCUAUUAUGGAAGAAGGGGGAGCAGAAGCCGGGGGCUGUCUGAUUGAGAAGGACUGGCUGGGAUUAGCUCUCUGAGACGUGAUUUGGGAAGAUAACGCUGCAUACCGGAAGCCUGCGAAACGUCUUCCUCGGCUUUAAACAAUAACAUCACCGAGAGCUAAAAUCACGAGUUAGCAUUAAGCCCAGCAUGGAUCCAGCAGCUGGAGAGAACCGGGCAGCAGCGCCAGAAGCAGCGGCAGCCCUCCGCCAUCGAGGUUAGGUUUCGCGGCAGGAGUCGAACCUUUUACGGCGGUGACAGUCUAGGCGCGCGGAAGACACGGGAAUCUUUGUUGCUGUUUUUUUUUUUCUUCAUGGGAUGCAGCUGGGCUUUCUCCUCGCUCUAUUACCCGUUUUACCGCGGUGACAGCCCUCCAUUUGGCUGACUUGGAGUAGCCUAUAAGGUCCCGGAAUCUUAUGGACUCCCUGCAAUAGUUUUUUUUAGCUUUUCUUUUUUCUCUACCGCUCUUUCUGACGGACGCGGCAGUCAUGUUUGCAGUGCGCAUAGUCACCGCAGACUACUAUCUCGCAAGUCCCAUUAAAGGCCUGGACGUGUGUUACUCUGAAUUCAGGGAGAGUGAGGUGAAGAAGGUACCGGUGGUGCGGAUAUUUGGAGCAACGCCAGCAGGUCAGAAGACGUGCCUCCACCUCCACGGUGUGUUCCCGUACAUCUAUGUGCCAUAUGAUGGCUGUAGACAGCAGCCGGAGCGCUACAUGCGACAGGUGGCCUUCAGCAUCGACAGGGCCCUCAACGUUACCAUGGGAAACCCCGCCGCCAGUACCCAGCACGUCUUCAAGGUGGUCCUGGUCUCUGGCAUGCCUUUCUAUGGUUAUCAUGCCAAGGAGAAGCACUUUAUGAAGAUCUACUUGUACAAUCCUCAGAUAGUGAAAAGAGUGUGUGAGCUAUUACAAAGUGGAGCGGUGAUGAAUAAGAGUUACCAGCCUCAUGAGGGCCACAUCACCUACCUGCUGCAGCUCUUCAUGGACUACAACCUGUAUGGCAUGAACCUGAUAAACAUGGCAGCAGUGAAGUUCCGCAGGAGCCAGAAGAAAGGUAAGCUCAGCUGUAGGGAUCUGUCUCUUUUCUCACAAUAUCUGCUUUGUCCAACUGGAGUUUCUGACACAAAUUUAGAUUUACAUCUUUACAUACAAUUUUAUUCAGC